UGAUUAACCCUACAUAAAUUUGCCUGCGUGCUGAUUUGUUGCGUCCUUUGUUCAUCUUCUUCCUUACGGCAAAUAAGCUAACACACACACCGAAGAAAAUGUCGAACACCGCAGAAGAAACCCUAGCGGAAAUGGAAGAAGAAGAAGGAGGAGUGUACGAACAGAGAGGCUCCGAAAACGACAACGAAAACGAAAACGAAAACGACGAUCUCUCCCACGAAUGGGAGACCAUGGCUCGAGCUUGGCUCUGCUCGUUCCCCGAAGCCAAAGCCGUUUCCAUGGCGGAAGUCGAGUCCUGGAUCGACUCCAACCUCGAUUCCUUACCCGACGGCAUCAAAUCCAUGCCUCGUUCCGACCUUUCUCUCAGGCUCAUUUCCAUUCAGAACAUGCGACUCCCCAAUCAGGGAGGAGAAGGAGAAGAAGAAGAAGCGAGUCCAGUUGAUACUCCUCAUGCGCGGUUUCAACGCACCGAUCAGUGGAGACCGGUUUAUUCGUGGCUGGAAUCGUUGGACAAAGACGAGGUUGUUAAGUCUAAGGAUAUUUCGGAUUGGCUAACUGAGAAUCCGAAUGUGCAAGAACAGUUGUGCUCUAGGCAUUCUCGGUACCACUUGAUGCAUUACAUUAAAAAGUGUCAUAUGAAGAUCCUCAAGAGAAGAGAAAAGAAGAAGGGGUUUCAGCAGUCUGAGAAACCAGCGUCUCUCAAGGUUAAUAAAGAUGUGGUGAUGAAACAACCAGCCGUGCUUCCAAGUUUAGUUAUCUCUCCAGCAGCCAACAUACCUAAAGAUAGUGACGUAUAUUUAGCCAAGCGAAAGGAGGCACUUCAGAAAUAUGAAAUUUUAGUAGAGUUGGAGAAGCUGCUUUCCCCAUCUGUCAUGCGUCAAGAGCUAAGCAAAUGAAGAAUUUUGAAGCACUUUAUAGAAGUUCAGUUUGUAAAUUAUUCUCUCCGUAGUAAGCACUGCUAGAGCCUAGAAACACAAUUUAAUGUGGUAUCCAAGGAUCCGAUUUUUUUGCAAUCAAAAAGUGGGCCUAGAAAUUGGUCCCAGAGUUGUAUUCAAUCUUAUCUGUAAAUUUUACAACUUUGCUUGAGCUGAAUGCAAUAUCUAGUUUUUCUCAAGUGUAUUUGGCCUUUCUUUCUCUGCAUCGUCAAAUCUGUCCUCAUUAAGUGCCAGAUUCUAUAUCCAAAAAGCAUGAAAAGUUGACUUUUUGUAGAUGAUUCAGAAGUUUGA